AUGAAAAAUAGACCAGCGGAGUCACAAUUACCGGAGAAAGGUUACUUGUUGAUUUUUUUGGCGAGUCUCGGCGAUUCUCGGGAUACUCAGAGGGGCGCUGUCGUGUCGCAGGUGAAGGUGAUGAACAAGCAGCUGCUGCUGUUCCACAACGCGGUGUCGGCGUACUUCAGCGGCAACAACGUGGCGCUGGAGGCGGCGGUGCGCCACUUCAACAUCCACCCCCCGCCUCCCGCGCCCGCGCCCUGCCCCCCCGCGCCCGCGCUCUCGGCCGCGCUCGCCGCCGCCUCCGCGCCCGCCCCCGCUCCCGCUACCGCCCCCGCCCCCGCCUCCGCCCCCGCGCCCGCCGCCUCGCUCGACGCGCCGCGCACCGCCUAG